AAUUUGUUUUGUUCUAUGGAUUUUACCAUUUUCCCAAUAUUUUAACACAGAAGUUUGCAUAAUAAAUCAUGAUUUUGAAUGCAAGGUCUUACUUUAUUCCAAUCAUGAUACUUUUGGAAAAGCUGGAGAAAUGUAUGCAUGCAAAAUGAAAUAAAUGCCAACAUUUCAUAUCAUUAGAGAUAUUUGUUUUGAUGUUAAAUGUAAGAAACACUCAAAUUUGAGGCAAAUUGGAAAAACAAAACAAAACAAGAAAUCACCAUUGCGGUAACUAAAAAUUACACAUGAUAACUAAAAAGAAUAAUAAAAAAUUAAUAUGUCUUCUUUAACGAAGUGUUAGUGCUGAAAUCCAAAUGGCUGAAUAAAAAAAAAAAUUUAUAUAAAUGUAUGAGCUUCUCGAAUCCGUUGACUUUAUUAAGAUCAGCAGAUAGAAGAGAGGCACCAAAAACUCCAUUGCAGCUCUGCAAGACCAGAAAAUGGCCACACCCACAAAGCUUUACAGCUUCUGUUCUCUGGCAAUGGCUGCUCUCUUUGCUUACUCUGCAUCUGUGCAGUUAGAUGAUCAUGAUUGGUAUUUUUGGCUUCCCCUAUAUUCUGGAGCAUGUAUAGUCAAUCUUCUGAACUGGGUCAUCUCCUCCAAGCCAAUCAACCAUCUGGGUGAGGCUGUUUUAUGCCUUGGAAUCUUUCUGUUUAUCAAGGUUGUAAUGGAAGAUAUUAGGGAUGGCAUAAGUGGGUUCUGGUCAAUGGACUUGAGUGAAAGAGUUAUAAGAGAGAAAAUUGGAAGUGGGUUAGUUAUCAUCUCAAUGAUUUUACAGUUGAUAGCAUCAACACAAUCUCCACAAGUUUCAACGAAACCACAAAGGAAUCUUUCCCCAAGAUAUGUUGAAUAUGGAAUGGCAUUCUUGGUGGGCUUCAGUUAUGGCCUUCCUUUUCUCUUCUUUGUGCUCCAGAAAGGUGAAAUGAGGUUUUGAUCAGUGUUCCGUUGGUGCAAUUUUGCCUAGUUUCGCUUUUUCUUUUUCUUUUUUAAUGAAUUUUAAGAUAAGAUAAUAGUUGGAUGGAAUGCGAUGCGAUUGUCCAUUUCUCCAAUGGAUAGUCGUUUCUCAUUUUUGUUGUCGUUCAAUAACGAUAUCGUCGUUUUUAAAGUUUUAUCAUUUGUGUGGGAUAUCAUUUUUAAAGUUUUAUCCGUAGAUUAUAAUUAGUUAA